AUGUUUAACAGAAGGAGAAGCAGAUCAACCCAUGAUUUCAGCGCCUACACAGGCGUUAAUGCUUCUAAUGCCAACUUUGCAACGGCUAAUAAACCUUCAGAGAAUGCCCUUGCGGCAGCCAGUGUUAUCGGACUGGGUGGGAACAGCAGAACAAACAGUCUACAGAGAUCAAACUCGUUGCAACCUCAACACAGAACGGCCUCAAUCCAAAGGUCAGCAUCUCUGAGACAUAACUCGUUGAGCACUGGCACUUUGGCAACUCGUACAGUGAAAAAAUACGUCCCUUCUGCCAAUGGUUUGGUUGCCAUGGACGUGGUGGUAACCGAUGUUCCAAAAAGACAACCCCAAAAAACUUCCAGACCAUACUCCCGAAACGGAUCUCGAAGCAGUAGUUUACAAAACAGAAAUAGCUAUCAGCCCCCCGGAGGUUUUGCGAAUCAUAGCUUUCAAUCUUUUGACCACACAAACUACAAGGCUGUAAAUCGCAGCAGCAGCCUUCGUCAUCGGAUAAGUUCAUCGACUCUGAACUCUCAAGUGACUCAGCCAAGUUCCAAUAUGAAUUACAACUAUCACUAUUCCCCAAAUGUCGCCGAAGACACUAUCUUGGAAGACGAUGGUGAUGUAGACUACAAACAGCUAAUUCAGAGUCUAAAUUCCGAAUUAUCGGAAAUUGAUGAUGAACGCAAUAAGAUUCUCCAAGAAAAGAAACUGCUGGAAUCAGAGUAUCGCAGAAAACUCAAAGAGAGCGAUGAGCUCAAACUCAAAAAACAGCAAGCAAGGCUGAAGGAACUACAUGAAAGUGAACUGCAAAUGAAGAAAGAGCAUAAAGAGGCCGAGGAAAGGCUGCUGAAGUUAGCUAACGCUGAAGCAGCCCUAGAGAAACUGAAUUCAGAACCCCUUGAGCAGCCAGUUACGGUUACCGAAGAAAUAGAAGUAACGGAAGUGACCGCAUCAGUUCCUAAGGAGGUCGCUGAAGAGUUGGCAGAUAAUAUUCAGAAAGCUCAAGAAGUUCCAGACGGUUCCUACUUACCUCCGAGUGAAGGUUUAGGAGCUCCUUUCACAAUAGAUGCUGAUGCCAUUCCAACUGUAGCUGAUAUGGUUCUCAAAGAAGAGGAUAUUCCAAGUAUUAGUGUUCGUGCUGAAGUUUCAGAUAAGGAAUCUAUUCCAGAAAAUAACUCUGCUGCUUUUCCCGAGAAGGAGGGAUCUCCUAGCUCCGAUUAUCAAGAAGAUAUUCCUUCCACCAAGGACACUGAAGUCUCAUCAGAGAAUACUGGUUCCAGUCAAAAGCUCAGCAUGGCCAAACAAAUUCGCUUGAACCGACCAGAGCUUUCAUCUUCGCCUAUUCAUCCUAAUAGAGCAAAUGAUUUUUCCUCCCUUGAGGAGCAAACAGUAAAUUCCUCUGACAAACCAGAAGCAAAUGACAUCUCUUAUGUUCCUCCGAGAAGUGAAAAGAGACCAGUCGUCGAAAAUCCCAGACCGAAAUCCGCUUUGAAAAAGCAUUCCUCAAUUCAGAGACAAUCCCAGUAUUCUAAUGGUAAGCACGUUGAGAACAAGAAAAACUCCGCUCUUGAUUCCUCUGCUGCUGCGAAAGCAUAUCUAUCGCUUACCACUGCUGAAAACACGAGAAUGAAUGCUGCCAAUGCCAAUGCCAAUUCUCAAUCACUGUCUAGAAGUCCAAGCGCAAGGAAGCAGAUAUCGUCUCAACACCACAUGACUUCUUUGAGACCACAAGGCACAGGUGCUAGUAAUCAUCGUUUAUCUGAACCUCCAGCUAGAAGUCUCAAUGGUUUCGGCAGCGGCAAUAUUAAAGAUAGCUACACUUCUCCAGAUGCUAAACAGCGGGCCCGUGACCUUUAUAAAAUUGCAAAUUCUAAGAAACGAUUCUCUACCCUAGAUAACGGUACGGAGCUACAGCGAUCUUCAAGUUUUAAUAAAAAUAAAGAAGGAACCGUGAGAAAGCCUGGUCGGUUAACUUUGAGAGACCAGGUUCCUUCUGACCCUAGUAAGGUGCAAACAACUGCUGCCCCUGCUCAGAAUGUUCAACCACAAAUAUCUAAACCACCAGAAUACAGCUCAAGAUUCAACGACUCUGAUUCCGAAAACGAGAAUACGUCAUUUUCAAACUUAAACCCUCCAAAACUUCAAUCUAAUUUUGAAGAUUCACCAGAACGGACUAAGAAAAAGCACCAUUCAUUUUCCCCCUUCCGAUCUUCCAGUCACCAAUCACCCACUACUCAUACUGAAGCUCCCCCUGCCACUGAAACCAGAUAUUUCAGCGAACAAGUGGAGUCUAAGCCCACCCAAAAGAAGAAGAAGUUCGGAAAGCUCAAGAAGCUUUUCGGGUUGAAUAACAAAUAG